CCCCUGUUGCAGAUAAAGGAGCAACGGUCAAAUCCGAGCCCGAGAGCGGCCGCGAUUGGAAGAUAUCAGGAUGACGGUAAGGAGCGGCGGCCGCUGUGUGAGCAGUGGCACAGUUCGAUUCGGUCCACCCGCUCCUUCCCUCCGCCGCCCCCCUCUUAGAGCUCCCCUCUUUCUCUUUCCCGUCCCCCGGAUUUCUCCUACAAGGGACAGGGUGCCGAGGGUGUUCUAUUGCUGCUCCAAUGGACAUCAGAAGGGAGGAGCCGAAUCGAGAAGGGGGUUUGAUUCUUCCUCUAUAUUGGGUGGAGUUGAACAAGGGUCCAGCGAGGAGGAAUUCUUGGUCGUCAGCUUCUAUAAGUUCGUGUUCAUCCAAGACCCAGAAGCCGAGGUUUCCAAGCACCAUUCUUUCCUCCAGGAACAUGACAUAUGUGGCCGCAUAUAUGUGAAUGAGCAAGGGAUUAAUGCACAGUACAGUGGUCCAGCUAAGGAUGCUCUGGCAUAUGCAAAGUGGCUUAAAGAAGAUCAUAGGUUUUCUGAUAUUUUGGUGCAGACUUCACCAUCUUUUGAUGGGCAUUCUUUUCCACGUUUGAAACUGCGGUAUAAACCUUCACUUGUACAGUUGGAAGGAGGAAUUGCACACCUUCCUUUGUUGAACCCCAUGAUGCGAGCUACACCACUAUCUCCAUCUGAAUGGAGGAAAAGAUUGCAAGCUAUGACCAGUGCAGAUGUACUAUCAGGGAAAGCAGAUAGCUUGGUUUCUAACAGGAAUUUUCUACUGCUGGAUGUGAGAAAUGGCUAUGAGUGGGAUGUUGGCCAUUUUCAAGGAGCCCAACGACCUAAUGUGGAUUGUUUUAGAAGCACCUCUUUUGGGCUCUCUAACGAAGAGGCUGCCGAUUCAGAUCCUUUGGCUGGAGUUGACAGAAAGCAAACAGAUAUACUAAUGUACUGUACAGGUGGCAUACGAUGUGACAUAUAUUCUACAAUUCUUAGACAAAAGGGUUUCCAAAAUUUGUAUACCUUAAGUGGGGGCGUUUCCAAUUAUCUCAAGAGUGAAGGUCCUGCUGAAUGGCUGGGGAAUUUGUUUGUUUUUGACUCCCGCCUUUCCUUACCACCUUCUAUCUACAAGCCUGGGGCCACUGCCAAUGGAAGACCACAACUAGCAUAUGAAAGGAGUACAUUUGCAAGAUGCUAUAUAUGUGUAUCACAAUUGCCUGAACUUAGGCAUCGAAAUUGUGCGAAUCUUGAUUGCAAUCGGCUAUUUCUGUCUUGUAGCUCUUGUGUGAGGGAGUUGAGAGGAUGCUGCUGUUCCACCUGCGCAUGUGCUCCUCGAUUAAGGCCGGUAUUAUCUGGGCGCCAGAGAUACCAGAAGUGGCAUAUAUAUCGUGAUGUGGAAUUGCAAAAGUCAUAGCCUAACUCGAUCUUUAUUUCUUGUUUUCUUUAUGAUGCCUUUGAAAAUCAUGUCAUGCUCUUGAGAGUUGGUCAUUAUUUUGACACAUCUUGGCGGGAUUCAAAUAGUGAGUCAUGGUGGUAUACAGUUUAUUAUGACAGAGACACAUAUAUUAUAGUGUAUCCUAGGAAGUCCUAAAACUGUGAACUUGUCAGUGCAGUUGUUUUGGUCCCUAAUCUUUUUAAUUGUUCAGUUAUUCAGUGUUUACCUCUUAAAAAGUUAAUUGUUUUGAGUUCAUUAUUACUAUUGUGUUGAUUCACCUUA